AUGUGCGACGCCAGACAAGCGCUGCGUCCAAUGCGCCCGUUGUUUCGAAUGCGAAUCGCCAGUGCGUCACUCACCGGUGAGUGGUCGGAUCCGGGAGCUACCCGUCGAACUGGGAAGUGCCGACGAUUACCGGCAGGGCGCGGUAUGACCCGGGGCCGACCUCGCCGUCUGCGGCUCGCCGAUCGCGCACUGUCUCGUGGGGGCGCUGUUCGCCUGUGA